UACGGCUGGGGAUUAAUCCAUAGGGGUGUAUGGAUGUCUAAAGUAGGAGCUGUUGGGUCUGAUUGCAUAAGGGUUAGCAUAGGCGUUAGAUCUAUGGGACACGUGAUUAGGGUGGUCUUGGACUGGGUACGUGGGAAGACUACUAAUGGGGUAGAAACUGAGAGGGGACUUUGUUAAGAGACACAAUAAUCAGAAGUGCCCACAAUAGAGUGUAUCUGUGGUACUUGGGAGUGUAGACGCAGGGUGUGCUGUUCCCAGGGAAAUGAGCAUAGAUUGCAUCUGUGGGGGUCCAGGCACUUCAGGGUACAGGUUUGAUGAGAGAUUGGAGAUGGGAGGAUUGGAUGUCAUGUGGGCUGAAUGUGGUUAGAGAGAUCUGCCUCUCCAUACUGGUGAAGUUUGGCAGAGGACUGUACAGAGACGGUGGUUGUGAAGGCACCAUGUCCCAUAAAGGAUGCCUCAGUGUCACAAAGUAUUUCCUCUUCAUCUUCAACCUCUUCUUCUUUAUUCUUGGAAGUCUCCUCUUCAGCUUUGGCCUCUGGAUACUUUUUGACCAAAGUAGCUUUGCUUCUGCCCUGGGGUCAACGUACUAUGCCCUAAAGGUCUGGUCCUAUAUUUUCUCUGGUGUUGGCAUCUUCACAAUGCUUCUGGGAUUCCUUGGAUGUCUGGGUUCCCUCAAGGAAAUCAAGUGCAUGCUAGGAUUUUACUUCGCCUUCCUGCUGCUUCUCUUUGUUGCUCAAAUCACCAUUGGAAUCCUCAUAUAUACACAGCGCAACACGCUCAGUACAACAGUCGGUAGAUAUGUGGAGGACAUAAUUGCAAACUAUGGGAGCACGGACAUACUCCCAGAUCGUGAGGAGAGCUGGGAUUUUGUGCAGAAGCAGCUCCAGUGCUGCGGAUGGACCUCCUACGACGACUGGCAGAGCAACAUAGAACUCAGAAACAACCAGUCUUCCGGCAUCUAUCCCUGCUCCUGCCACAACAUCUCCCAGUCUGGCCUGAUGGAGACUAACCACACAGUGGCCUCCAAGCCAUUUUUCUGUAAAGCCCAGGGAGCAUCUGGGUUCCCUAGUGUCUACACAAAGGGCUGCAAGGACAGUGUUGAGAUAUGGCUUACCAAUAAUAUCAUCAGCAUUGUGGGAAUCUGCCUUGGGAUUGCGCUCAUGGAGCUCUGCCUCAUGACGCUAUCGAUGUUUCUGUGUAGGACCUUGGGGCCCAACUAUGACAAGCUCACACGCUAUUACUAGAAGGGGACUCUCUGCUUCACAGAUUCUUCAUCUUUAGGGGCAAUACUGGCAAGUGUUCCCUCCAAUUUGGCUACUUCAGGGGUUUAAAGCAGUGCUUGUAGGGUUGCAUGGAACUUCACAAGGAUCUCUGUCUAGUAUGCUUACCUUGACUGAGACAGGACUGGUUCUACCCUAAUCCUGGUAACCAAAACUAUACCUUCAAGGACUGCAGACACUGGGGAGUGCCAUCUGCUGCAGGGUUCCUCAUGCAACUCACCAUGAGAUUACUUUGAUCUCUUCUCAAAAUUGUACAUGCCUUACCUUUUGCCAUGACAAAAUUUGCUGUAUAUCCUCCAAGAAAAAUCUGGCCCCUAAAAUUUCCCAUGACUCUCUUUGAAUCUUCACAUGCUACCAUCCAAGGCUUGAAUCUGCUCCAGUGUGAAGAACACUGUUUGGAAGCCACUAACCUACUGCAAGUUCCUGAUGUUUUACCAAAUCCAGUCUGGAAACUUGCAAAUGGGAUGUAUUGAAACGGUGUAACACAUCAAAAACAUUUGGAAUGUUUAGGUACAUUAUAAACUGAAAUGCUACCACCUACCAUCCAUCUCCUUUGUCCAUAAUCUCCAAUUUCAUUCAUUUGGCAUCAAGUGAACUUGAUCGUAAACCAUUCCUGACAGUGUUUUUUCAAGUGUUUACAUGUAUAUACUGUUUUAAUAGGGCUCCUGUAAAUGUUAAUUGGCUUGUUUUACCCUCAAGACUAUAAAUCUUGCCCUUAAUGGUUACUGAACUUUACAGUAACUUAAGUGUUACUGAAACACAUCUGGCAUUAAAAUUUAGAUUUGAAAUUGGCAACAUACCAUUAUUAACUUUGGUAGUGAAACAUGCUGGGCAGUGGCAACUUGGAUGAACCAGCCUUUUGACUGAUGAUGGUUCAAAUGUUUAGUCCAAAUUUUAUUCCCUCAUACACCUUAAGAUCCAAACAUGUGAAUCAGAGGCUUUGCAUUAUAUGCAUUGUCAGCCUUGCAUUUAUAAGUGCUUUUAUUGUAAACUGCCCAGAGACAUAGGUUUUGGGUGGUAUAUAAUAAGUGUCUGAAAAGGUGUAUUGUAUUAUAUUUUAAUUGUUGGAAACUGGCUUGACAAUUUAGUGUAGGGUUUGUAAUAGCACAAAGCUUGGACCAAACACUUUUGGGGAACUCCAACAAUAAAUGCAGUUGUGAAAUUUCGAAGAGGGAAGCAUGAGGGGGGGAAGUGUACGGUGGUGGGGAGAUCCUUAGAACUAAUCAAGUUUGGAAAUGUCCUUAGGGAGGAAAGGAGCAACAUUUGAGCUUUGUUACUAAAGGUGUUUUCAACACAUGCUAGACAAUUCGGGUCAAGAUGAUCCAGGUGAUGCAACACAGCCUACUAAACCCAAUAUAGUGGUUUACAAGAACUUCCUGUAGCCUUUUGGCCCCAGAUCUGGCCACAUUGGUUGCAGCAGAUGUAUAUAAAUAUGUAUUCAAUAUUAAUGUUUUGUCUAGUGGAGGUAUAAUUAUAGUUCCUUGUAGCUGUGAAGGAACACAGUUUGAGGAUGUAGGUAGGACUGAGUAGUCAUAAUUUCACCUUUCUUAGCUUGUUACUUGUUUUUAAAAUAUUUGGUGUUUUUGUAUUUUCCCAUUUGUAAAUAAAUAAAUGUUAGACCCGCUAA